AUGCAAAAACUGGUACGGCCGCGAGUCAUCUUCUCGGGGAUUCAGCCCACCGGCGUGCCGCACCUGGGAAACUACAUCGGGGCGCUACGCCAAUGGGUGCAGCUGCAGCACCAUGAAGAGCCCGAGACGAAGCUCAUCUACUCCGUCGUUGAUCUUCACGCCAUCACGAUGCCGCAGCCGCCCGACCAGCUACGCAAAUGCAAGCGCGAGGCGUUGGCGGCGUUGCUAGCCAUUGGCAUUGACCCGGAUCGCGCAACCCUCUUUUAUCAGUCUUCGGUUCCGGCGCAUUCAGAGCUGAUGUGGAUUCUCAGCUGCACGGCAUCUGUCGGGUAUCUCUCGAGAAUGACCCAGUGGAAGAGCAAGUUGAGCAUCGCCGAAGGGUCAACCUUUGAAGACCGAACCGUCGGCUCUCGUCUCAAGCUUGGUCUCUUCUCCUACCCAGUCUUGCAAGCUGCCGACAUUCUCAUCCACAGAGCGACACAUGUCCCUGUUGGCCAUGACCAGCGACAACACAUCGAGUUCGCCCGUGAGUGCGCAACCAACUUUAACCACACCUACGGCCAUCACCUCGUAAUGCCCGAUGUUCUCAAUCCCCCCAUCCACCGUAUCAUGUCCCUGACAGACCCGACAUCAAAAAUGUCGAAAUCACACAAGUCGGAGCGUUCCCGCAUACUCAUCACAGAUUCCGCCAAAGAUAUCAAGACAAAGUUAGGUUCUGCAUUGACUGACUCGAUACCUGGAGUUUCCUAUGACACUACCAACCGGCCGGGUAUCUCAAAUCUACUGGAUAUUCUAUCCAUUUUUGAUGCCCAAGGAAGAGGGCCUGGGCAAUUGGCCGAUGCGUAUAGCGACAUCAGCCCCAAGCAGCUCAAGGAGAUGGUUACCGAUGCUGUCAUCACCGGAUUAGAUGGCAUUCGUGAUCGCUAUCUCGAGCUUCUCGCAAAGGGUGACGCGCACCUUGACAAGAUCGAGGCAGAGGGCGCCUCAAAGGCACGAGAAAGUGCCGAAGAAACUAUGCAGUUAGUCAGAGCUGCCGUGGGGCUCUGA